AUUUUCAUAGCGAGAGUUGUCAACCAAUCUAUAGAAAGAUGAAGCAGAUGAUUUUGUUUUCUCUAUUCAUGGGGCUGGUCGCCAGCGAGGUCAAGUUGGCCGAGCGUGAAAUCGUCAUGGGACUCCCAGGUGGUAUUUACGAGGGAGAGUUGCAUUCACCUGCAACAAGAGAGGCGGUAAAACAAGCCCUGGGAGAGUUCAAGCUAAGAGCUUUGAAGAGUGGCAGACUUGGCUCUAGCGACUCAGUGAUCGUCGGGGACGUGAUCGAUGUCAAAACUCAGGUGGUAGCUGGACAAAAGUUCAUCAUCACUGUGCGACUCGGACUGACCAGCGACUCGGACUGCAAGGCAAAAUCUCAAGAUGGUUUUGUCAGCGCCAGAGUCUGCUCAGACAACGAAAAUCUCGGUCUACACAAAGUGGAGAUAAUAAGUCAGCCCUGGAUGGCCGUGAAAUAUCAAUUCGGAGAGUUUGAAGAUGUCGAGGGCCCUGAAUUGAAGUCUUUGUGGGUUGAUGGAGCCAACUAAAUACAACAUUAAGUUGCAGAAAUGUAGCGAGUCAUGAUUAUCAGGCUCCAAGAAAAAGAUUUUCGGUAGCUUUGAGUAGAAUUUUGCUCUUCACUUUUUGCAAGACCCAAGACACCAUCAAAAAUGUUAAAUUGUAGAAAUUGUGCAUAAUGUUAAAUUAUUUUUUCACGUAGAUA